AUGCCCUUACAAAGCUCCGAUGGGAAGUACAAUGUAAGUUGACAAAAUGGGCUGUGUUUUAUUGAAAUCUAAAACAAUUUUAGUUUCGCUGCUCUAAACGGCAUCGAACGGGAGCAAGAAAGUUAUCAAUUUUUGAAGGAACCAGAAUGCCCAUAAAAAAACUAAUCAAAAUACUUUGGUUAAUUUGCAAGGGGUAAGUAAAUUUAGAACAUAGAAAACGAUGUUUUGUCAAAACGAUCAAAUACUAUUAAUUUUGUCUAAUUAUGUUAUUUCAAGCCUUCACGACAAGCAAAUAAUGAGAGAAUCGAAAUCAAAAGCGGAAACAAUCAUAAAAAUCCGAAGAUUAAUAAAAUUCUUCAAAUUUCCGUAAGUCGUUUUUUUUGGAUCGGGAGUUUUUGUUAACCAAAUUAAUCAGCUCAAAAAAAUAUAGAAACAUUACUAAUAACACGUUCGAAUGAUGAAUAUUUCAGGCAAUUUGUGUCAUCAAAAAGCGCGUUCAACCUUUUGAUGGAUGCCAUCAUAACGAAACAUGAAGAAAUGAAAGAUGAAUAA